AUGAACGGUGGAGAUUUGAAUGAAUCGGCUGCGCCGGUGAAAUCGACGGCUCCGAUCACUCGGGACCUGCUCGGCGGGUGUUGUACCCUUGACUCCAAGGAGUUGGACCUCGAUUUGCAGGUCCCUUGUGGAUGGGAAAAACGCCUCGACCUCAAGUCAGGAAAGGUAUAUAUCCAGAGGUGCAAAUCGUCCCCCUCGUCCUCCUCGACCUCCGAACCAAAACCGGACCUCAAUUUCCCGCCUAAAUCGUCAAAACCGACGACCCUAACCCUAUUCGACGACGCCAGCCUGGACAUGGAGCUCGUGGCCCCACUCCACGCCGUGUCAUCACCCUCCAACUACCAAAGCGUGUGCACGCUCGAUAAAGUGAAGUCCGCGCUCGAGAGGGCCGAGAAGGAGAUUGUAAUUAGGAAGCGCUCGAUUUCUAUAUCAAGGUCACAGUCAAAGUCGUCAUCACCGACUCAGUCGACCUCGUCGUCAUCUGUCGAUCUCGAUCGCGAGGAAAAAUCUACGGCCUCGAUUGCGGCGGGUUGCCCUGGUUGCUUGCUUUAUGUACUGAUCUCGAGGAGUAACCCUAAGUGCCCGAGAUGCAACAACGAGGUGCCCUUGCCGGGCUCGGUUAAGAAGCCGAGGAUCGAUCUUAAUAUGUCGAUUUGA